AUGGCCCCUGUGCGCCGAAUUGGACAAAUAGUGCACCUCAAGCCCGAGGCUGUGGCAGCAUACAAAGAGUGCCACGCCAAAGUCUGGCCCGAGGUGCUCAAGCAGAUCGAGGACUGCAACAUCAGAGACUAUUCCAUCUUCUUCGACAAUGAUCGCACUUUGUUUGCCAAGUUCGAUUAUAUCGGUGAGGACUUCGACGCUGAUAUGGAGAAGAUGCGGGCCAACCCCAAGGUUCGGGAGUGGUGGGCGAUGACCGAUUCGAUGCAGGAAAGCUUGAUCCCCGGCGCCGUGGGGAGUGCCGAAGGUCCUGGGUGGUGGAAGCCUCUGGAAGAAGUCUUCUACACAGACUAG